AUGGAGCAGCUCCUACUAAACGUGUGUUUUCUCCCUGCCUGCAGCAAUAUUCCAAACCGUUCCACCUUUUCAUGCCCGUUCUGUGGAGCCCGCAAUCUGGACCAACAGGAGCUGGUCAAACACUGUAUGGAAAACCACCGCAACGAUCCCAACAAAGUGGUGUGUCCUGUAUGUUCAGCCAUGCCCUGGGGGGACCCCAGCUACAAGAGCUCCAACUUCCUCCAGCACCUCCUCCACCGGCACAAGUUCUCCUACGACACGUUUGUGGACUACAGUAUCGAUGAAGAGGCGGCACUACAAGCAGCCCUGGCUCUGUCCAUGGCAGAGAACUGAGUCCCCUUGGUCCUCUGAGUCCCCCACUCUGCUGUCUGGGGAUGCACUUCCAUCCUGACACCCCGCUAGCUCUCUUUCUUUGUCUGGAUCCACCCCAUAUCCCGCCCCCUCCACAGCCACCUCACAGGGAGAGUUUGGAAGGACCUUGUCCCUGGCCUAGACUCCCACUCUGGGAGAGCUCCAGAGGGAUUAUGUCCUAACCCUGUCCCCGAUCCUCUACCUGGCCCUUCAUCCACUCUGUUCACCUGCUUAACUCGUCAAGGCUCAUUACCAUUACAUCAUAUCCUCUCAGCCAGCAGCAGCCCCUUCACUUCCUGUAUACUGGGGAGGAGGGGAGCUUGGCCUCCAAUACAUUUUGCAAUUCAAAACCACUGCAAUGCAAAACAAUGAGUACAGCAUGGACAUUUGAAGUGAAGUGUUUACUAGAUAGUUGACUAGUUGGCUACCCUUCCGGUAAAAAAUAAUGACUUGCCUGUCAACUUUUCAUUGCGUAGCCCAGUGCGCCCUCCUGUGGACUCCUAAAAAAUGGUUAUUCACCAACAUAUUCAGUGUUGUAACCAAAUAAUGUCUCAUCAUUUGUUUUACAGAUUAAUCUUAUGUUUUGAGA